UGUGAUAGGGCAAGUGUUCAGUGGGCGCCUGGGCACCGCCGGAGAUGGAGCCGUCUCGUGUACCCAGGGGUCCGGCGCCUCGCCUCCUUUUUCUCAUCGCCACGCUUUCUCUCUCAUUUGCAGCAACUUGUCUCCUGUGCAGUGCGAUAAUGUCAGAUCACUGGGAGGAGAUUGGAUGGGACAAGCAGGACUUGAACAAAGCCAAUGCCAGCCCCACGUGGUACUUGGAUGGCCAGGUCGCGAUGCUGGAGCCAAUGGUGGAUCAUACCAAUCGUUACAUCACUGGACGACCAAUUUUCCUCGUACCCAUGCACGGUGGCAUCUGGACAAUGUGCGUUUCUCUAUCUGAUGAGGACAUUCGUCUGUUGAGUCAAGUGGGUUUCCCUCAGGAACGUUGCAUAAAUUAUCUGACACCCGACGAGGCACACGAGGAGAUUCGUGCCGCCUGGCAGAGCAGAAUGCAAAAUCUGAGUAUUUCCUGCUCUAUGGUUUGCCUCAUCGUCCUCGGGAGUGCAGUUCUCGUGGGAUUUUUUGGCCUCUGCAGGCAUCAGAUAUCAGCGGUUCUUGUGACGGGUGUCAUGUAUCUUCUAGCAGCGACCUUUGCCCUAUUCACACUGACGAUAAUCCACUUUAAGAGGGCACAAGACCGUAAUGCCAAGAUUAUCGAGGGUCCCGAGGAUGGAGUUAUUGGUGGUCCGGUACCAAGAAAUCUGCUCACAGCUCGUCGCUUUACAACCUCAUGGAGCAUGGAUUUUGGAUGGGGUGGUGUGACACUGUGUGCCCUAGCCUCAGUCGCCUGGAUAUUGCUCAGUAAAAUCAUGAGAUUCAGUCCAAUAGCAGCUAUGAUAGCGUAGCAGCGGGAUGCCUUCGAGGUCUAAUAGGCGAGCAACUAAUCAGGAAAAAGGAGAGAGUGUGAACGGCCAAAAUCAAUGGGAAUGCUCGACCGAGUGAGAAUCAGGGGAGAUAAAUCCAACGAGCGAAUUAAAAAACCUAGGCUAUUAUUUUUCAUUCCUUUAUUUCAGAGAAGAUUCGGAGAUUCGUGGCAAGAUGGUAGAUGGCUGGAUGCAGUGGCAAAUUAUUCGGAAAGUUAACGUUUAAACCUCGAGGGCAAUGCCAAUUAAAACUCAUUAUUAAGUCGAGUGAGAGUUUAAGGAUAAAAAAAAAAUCAAUUAGUCAGUUUUGCUUGGCUCAAGUACUGCACCGACUUUUGUACUGUCUUGGAGGAUCGAGGGGAGAUGGGGAUAUUGGUUGAAGAAGCAGAAAAUGCAGAGGUGAGGAAAGUUUAAACCGUCCGGAAUGACUGAAGAAUGUGAGUCCGAUCGAUCCGGUGUGACAAAUAAUUCCAAGUGCCGCGCGCCACCCGCCACUUGCUUCCUCAUCUAUGGGAGGACAAUAUAUAUGUACUACCUGUUUCGUCCUCAGCUUCGCUCGUCGAUUCCUCACCCUCUUCCUGAGGGGAGGCACAGAGAGAACCCAGUGAGACUGCUACCAGUCACAUUCACUCGAGAAAUCAUUAAUUAACUACCAACCUUUCUCAGUAAGCCUGGCAGAGACUGCGUUUUUUUCAGCUUUCAUUUGGGUUCGAACUUUUCAAGAAUUUUCCACCAGUUAAUUAUACACGCUCGAAUAAUAAGAAUGAAUUUAGGAUUGAGUACCAGACCUCUGGAGGAAUUAUUCCGGUGAAUUUUUAUUACACGGUGUUAUUUGAAUUCCACAUCGACGUAGCUCUGCCUUCCGUCCGGGCUACACUUUUUAUUUUCUAUAGUAUUCAUAAGAGCUGAAGUUAACUAGAAAUGAAAUAUCAAUAAAAUAAAAAAAUUGAAAAUUGAAUUGAAAAACAAUUGGUAGUGUCCAAUGAUUUUUUAAGUGGACGCAAGGCUAGAGCUACUUUAAUCGUGAAAGGUAUUUCAAUAAUUAGAAUUAUGAGUUGAAUAGUGAAUUAAUUGGCGCAAUAAAUACCGGCAUUGUAUUUCAAUGGCGGAAAAAUUAACUGUCGAUAUCAAGGACGCCCGAUGAAAAAUUAAUACUCAUUUCUCCGGAUGAUUGAAUUGUUUUUCUACUCGACCGAAAUUUUUAUUAUUAUAUUUAGAACGUGAAAUCCAAGAGAUAAUCAAGAUAAUGAAUUCGAGCCAGAGAUAAACAAAUGAUGGAAUUUUAAGUGUAUUACUAAAUGAUAAACAGCUCGCCAUGCCGGAUUAGGCUUUUGCUAACAACAAUACCUGCUAAAAAUUUUUGUAAUAAAAUAAAUGAGCAGACGAAUGCGAUUAAUUGAUGUACUAUCGACUACAAUAAUAA